AUGCCGUCCCUACAUUCGCUCACCCCAGACCGUCGAGCGCCGUGGACCUCGACAAGACGGACCCUGGCUCUUAGCCUUGCAUGCCUUGCAUUCCUUGCCAUACUCAUUUUGGGAAUGGCUCAGUUUGUUAUUGAUGCAUCGUCCGGACCGAAAGAUCUGUUCCUUUUCAAGAGACAAUUCCAACUUGGUAGCCUCUUAGGUGGAGGGGCCGAACAUCAAGGAAUUCCUAUGAUCUCCGCCGCAAGCAAUGUCCAGAACCUGAUCCCUACGGACCACAUCUCUGUUGAGUCGAGUGCUGCACCACUACAACCAGCGCCCUCUGGACAUGUCGCAGACAACCUGGAAGGCAAUGUUGCAGGGCUCUCUGGAAGGCUGGAGACCUUGUCAUCCACGAAUGCACCAGCCACUGCCGGCUCAACUGGGCAACAAGAACCCCCGAACACGGCGUUCAUGACCCUGCAAUCUCUGAGCCUCGGGCCUAACCCCAUUCUCGAAUCUACUUUCCGCAGUGUCAUCUAUGCCACCACAGGCGGAAGCAUUGGAGCAGAGGUUUUAAGCACUCCAUUGACCUCGAAUCCGACACCGAUCCUUUCAAGUGAUUUGGUUGGCGAUGCGGAAGGACCUGCAGCCCCUGGCCAAGAGACUGGUCGCAUUCCUUACUUAUCUCAACUCGGUGAUAUUACCAGACAACCUUCCGGUGUCGAUACUGCGUUUUCGAAGCAAACGGCGUCUCAAAUCCUCCCAAUGGCUGCGCCAACUCCUUUGAACGCGGCUGAUAUCCUGGAUCCAAUCACUCCUCUAGUUGCAGGCCGCCUUUGCGAAACGGUUGAGGGGUAUCUUCCUCUAAACUCCCCUGCUCAGGCUAGAAGCUUGAGCAUCGCGAUUCAUGAUGGGAGUGACAUCAGCAAACACAUGCCCAAUUCCAUGGGUGACUCGGCCAACUCAGUUAAUGGGCAACUUUGUGUCGUCAGACAGAUUGUUGCCGGUGUGCUCCGAGAAGUGAUUACGCCAUGUUCAGUUGCGAGAGCCAAUUCUGCAUCACCUGACACUGAUACUGCACCGAGCGCCGGUCAAGAGGGCUCAGCGACUGGCUCAAGUGGUAAUAUACCCGAGAAUGCCCCUUACCCAGCUCCAAUUUCCUCUGGUCAAAUACAGGCCUCCGGAUCACCCACUGUGAAGCUGCCAGACUCCGGAAAUGUCCGUCAAGAUGGAUUGACAUCCCCGCUAAAGUGGGAUGCCUCCGGACAAAGCACAAGUGGUGGAUCUUCGGGAGUUGACCCAAACUUGGGAGCGGCACGAUUAGGCGGCCCUGGAUCAUUGAAUGGUUGGAGUGAUGCUGGUGAAGGUAGAUGA